AACACUGACACUUCAUCUCCAUCCGUGUGCAUCCAAAAGCGUGUGUGUGGCGUAGCAGGGAGAAGGUAGAGAGUGCAACCAAAUUGCAGAAAUGGCUUCAGUCACCAUGACAGCCUCCUUCCUGGGCGGCAUUACCGCCUCCGAGCGGAUUUCGACGACUUCCCGGCGAGGUCUAAUUGUUGCUAAAGCUGCAAGGGCUGCCGACGGUAAACAAGUCAAACUGAGUUGCACCACCAACACCACCAACAACAACGACAAAGGGAGCAGCAAUGGGAGGAGGGACUUGAUGUUUGCUGCUGCAGCUGCCGCUGUUUACUCCAUCGCAGGUGUUGCGGUUGCUGAAGAUCCAAAGAUUGGGACCCCGGAAGCACUGAAGAAAUAUGCUCCAAUCUGUGUCACCAUGCCCACAGCACGUGUCUGCCACAAAUGAAGGAGGUCCAUAUAUAGAGUCUUCUGUUGAGCAUUCUUGAUGGGUCUUUUGUGUAGAAGUUAUUAAUUAAUUGUAUGUAUCUCCUUAUCCUUGUACUGGAAAACUUUGCUAAAAUCUGUUUUCAAUACAUCAAACUAUUUUGGGAACAGGGAACUUCUAGACUACUAUAAUUUAUUCCAA